AUUAAAAACCUAGUAUAGAUUAAUAAUUACUUCGAUCUCUACUUGAGCCAGUGAAAAAAAAGAGAAAUUUUAAUAAAACAAUAAGAUAAUAAUUUUUUAGAACCAACUUACAUAAAUACAUGUAUUGUUAACUCUAUAAAUUAAUAAUUGUAAAAAUACAAUUCAUCUAUAAAUGUAUAAUAUAGCUAGGAUAAUCUAGAAAAAUAUGAAUAUAUAGUUGUUUGUUUAUUCUUGAAGUUCAAAUUCAAUAGAAGUUCAUCUUGAACUUUCCUCAUUGCACUCAGAGUCCCCGGUGUUGUUUUCUCUGAUUGUAUCAGGUAUUUUUUAAGAGUUGAUACGACUUUAAGUGCUUUUUUUUCACGUGACCGGUUUCAAAGGUGUUGAAUCAUCAUCUCUUUCAUCUCAAUUGAACCCCCCCAAUGACAUUAGGCACAAUUUCUUCUAGCGUUUGUGCCGCAAUACAUUCACCAUAUAUUUGAUGAAUCAUAUUGAAUGUAUGAUCAAUGAAUAUAGGGGUGCAAGUAAUUUAAAACAUGAAUCUAGAGACCAUCUACAAGAAUACAUCGAAUACAUUUAUCUUGGAAGAAUACAUAAUUUCCUUCUUUUAAAUGUUAGUACAAUGAAUACGUAGAAUGUGAUAAGUUAUAGUAUGAACUUGAAAUGUUUGGAAGAUACGAUAAUUGGACAUCAAAAAAUACCCUUUUAAAUUAAUAUUUAAUAAUUUAUCAAUUAAUUAAUAACUACUAUAAAUUAAUAAUUUUUAUGCUUCCGACUACAUUAAUUUAUAAAGGUUAUACAGUAUUAAUAAAAAUGGAAAGGGGAAGCAGAAGUUGUAGUUCACAAGGCCUCAACAAGCAAUAGGCAAGAAAGAGAGAGAGAAAAAAAAAACAGUUAGUUUGACCAAGUCGUCCUGCUCAAACAAAAAUUCAAUUAAAAGAAACAGAGCAUAAUUGUAAGUUGUAACAUCAAACUCUCUUUUUUAUCAAAAUUUGUAGACUUAAUUUGGGUAUAGACUCGUCGAAUGUUUUUUUUGUCUAGGGGUGCAUAUUAAGGCGAUUUUGUGAGAGGAUUGGAUUGAGGUCGGCCUAUAAUGACAUUAUGUAUUGGGUAUAAAUUUUUCUGGGUGAAAAAUAGAUGGAUUGUGAGUUUUUGUUAGUCACAUCACUAAAAAAUUGAUUCCGUUAACGCAGACUGCCAGAAGGUAACGAUGAAUUAUCAAACUUGAACUACUAAACUAAUCUUAAUGACCAUGAAUAAAAUAAAAUAUUUUUCAAUUACAAAACAUUUUUUCAAUAAUUCCUAAGAGGCUAAAACCAGUUUUAAGCAGCCUCACCAUAACAAAAAUAUAUUUUCAUGAUCUAAGUCCUAUCAAAUCACGGCUCAUGUUUAUCAAGAAGAUUUCACGGCCGCCCACCCCACCCCACGAAUAACAACCGCCGCCGGGAGAUGCACACAUCAUGGCGACGGGGAACUGCAGCAGCUCGAGCUCCGCGGGUGGAAAACGGCGACGAUCGAUCAUCAUCAACGAUCCAGAAUCACCGGUAAGCCCUCUAUCCCUUCCUCUGAUCGCCAGACUCGGAGACGAUCUCCUCUCAGAAAUCCUGAUCCGCACCCGAAACCCUAAAUGCGUUUGCCGAUGCAAAGCCGUGUGCAAGUGGUGGAAAUCCCUCAUCUCCACUCCUUCCUUCACCCGCCGCCUCAUCUCCACCUUGACCGCAGCCGGCGUCGACGACGGCUGCUGCUUACCACAUCAUGAUUUGAUCGUCUCAGACUCUCCUCCGAAAUCCAUCACGAGCUCUCUCCCUAGCCUGCCCGCUAAUAUUCGAUAUCGUAUCAGAGUCUUCGACUGUUUCAAGGACCUAAUUCUAUGUGGGUUCCUCGACACUAAAAGAUACAGCUAUCUAAUCUGCAAUCCGUUUACAAAGCAAUGGAUCGCCCUUCCUUUAGCGCCCGAGAAGCCUCGCAACCUCGGAAUGGAGAUUGCCAGGCUAGUCUGCGAGCCACGUGGUUACAAUAACUCGAGUGACGACGAUAUCAAUGUCGUCGACUAUGAUCACCACUCCGGGUAUAGAUUCCGGGUGGUGUGUAUUUAUCAAUGGCCGCGUCGUUGGGGGAACUCCGCAGUAGUAGACGUGUUCUGUUCGGAGUCCGGAGAAUGGACGGAGGCGGCUCGUGUUCUGGACCCCGAUCUAGGGAUACACCCGCAACGUCGCAUAAGAAAGAAUGUGAUUUCGUGCAACGGUGAGUUGUUCUGGUUGCGUUGGGCGGAUGUUGGUCGUGGCGUUUCGCUUGUUGGGUUCAAUCCUUUUCGCACCGACAUGCCUCCAGGUUCGAUAAUCGAGCAUCCCGCGGUCCUGGGUGCGACCCGACUGUGGGAUAUUUCGGUCUCGCAAGGUGUUCUGCACAUAAUUCACGUCUCCGCCACAACGGAUGAACGCGAAUUAUUCUAUUCGAGGAAUGCCUUGAGUGUUUGGAGACUGGAAGAAGGCCGUCGAAGUUGGAGAAAAUUGUACGAAUUACGGUUGCAGGAGAUCCCUUGGUGCUUGGCGCUUAAGCUGCAUCCGGAGAAGUCGGAGGUCGUGUUCGUACAAGGGAAUCGUUUAGAAAACAGGACUGACAUCUCCUCCUGCAAUCUGAGGACGGGAGAGUUCGGAGUUUUCGCCGAAGUGAGGCAGAGUGCAACUCGUUGGAACGUGUUGCAGCCUCGGAUCGAUUGGUUCCCUACUCCGAUUCCAAGGUACGAGGAAUUACGAGGUCGUUAUGAUGGAAGUCUCGACUGUUUAUUAGCUUCGUCUUAGUCAGCGAGUGACGCUGGCAAACCCAAUUCUGCAAUACACGAUGAGUUAGUUAAGAGGUCGUUUAUGCUUGUGGUGAUUAGGUGCUAUGAUUGCAUGAGUUAUUAUUUUUUGCAUUAUCGUAAUCCAUGGUGAUGAGAGGCUUUUUCCUACAUUUGUGUUGCACGAUUUGAUGUUGGUGCAUGUGAUUCGUUUUAGUUUGAGGAGUUUGAAUAAGUUCAGUUAUGAUGGGUAGUUUGGAAUCAAGGAAACGAAGAUAAAAAUGGAAUUUUUAUUUAUUGUCCAAAGUAGAUGCCUGCUUGUCAUGAUAUUAAUAGUAAAGGUUAUCGCGUUUCUUUAUUUGUAUAUAACGAAUUUGACAUCUUGUGUUCAAAUCCACUCACCUUCCUAUAUAUUUCGAGUAGAAGAUUCACGUUUAACAGUUUCAAUUGUCGACAGUAAUACGAUAAACAAGAAAAUAGAUGAAUUUGUAUGAAAAUCAUAUGAAAUUACCUGACUUUUUAGGGGUUAGUCAUUGGUGUUUACAUUAGUUGAUACAUCUUAAAGUGCUUACAAAGUUUGACCCAAAAACGUGCAAACGUGAAGUUGAGCAGCUGUGGGUGACAAGUCUGCAACUUAAAAACAAGGUGUCAAACUAAUUCAUUCAUAAUUUAUGUAUCUUUAAGAGCAUCUCCAUUGGUGCAAUUGCAUUUGUGAUUUUUUUUUACACAACAUUAUUUUUUCAAGCCAACUCACUUUACAUUUAUUAUACCUAUAUCAAUGCAAUUGACUUGCAAUUGCAAUCCAAAAAUAGCACACCUAAAAUAUAUUUUAUAGUAUUCAAAUAAUAUUAAAAAAAUAAAAAGAAAGGAACAAACGCCACUACCAGCCACGUUGAAUUGCAUCCAGACUUUCAUUAUAUGAAAGCUUGCAUAGUUGCAAGCACUUCAUACAUCAGUGAAAUAGAAUUUACAAUUGCAACACAAUAUCCACGUCAUAAUGAAAGUGGAAAAUGAAAGCCGAUGGAGGUGCUCUAACAAACUAAUAAUAAUUCAAUUCGAUAUAAAUCCGCCACCUUGUCUAGAAUCCAUUUUGUCGGUUGGCACCGACUAUGGAAAUACUUGUUUCCAUGCUUGCAAUCCUUAACAUUAUUACAGGGAAAGCAGUGUAUUCUCUGGAAUACAUGCAUUGCAGAAACACACAGAAUCCAACAAUAACAUAUUACUUGUUUGUUCCAUUUUCUUAGAAGCAUAUGAUCUGUUUGAUUUAAACUCGAGUGGCUGUUUGUAUCUUGGCGGUUGUUCAUAUCUAAUCAUCGCGUAGCCGUUUUUCUGGAUUUUGACUGACGUGAGGACCCAAGUAUGCUUUUAUCACAGCUCAGAGUAGGUCACAAAGAGCCAGAUGCCAAAAUGUCCAAAAGGCCCUACAUGUCUCUUCUGAUCCAAAUAAAAGGUUUGCUUGGCUUUAAUUAGCUGUUUUUUUUUCUUCUUUUAAUUAUUGGCAAUUCAUUGAAAUGGUUCUUAACCUAGCUUAAUUAAUUAGCUAAACCUCCUAAUGGUCCUCUAGAUGCUUCCCACAACUCCAACUACUCCGACCGACGCAAAUUCAUCACUCUCUCGUACUUUUUAUAGUUAGGAGUGUGCAACGACGACUUGCUUCACACGAAUCACGUAAUAUCGAACAUGACAUGGUAUGGUUUUCGUUACAUUAAUUCACUUUAUACCAAAGAAGAGAAGUAUGAAUCAAUGUUUACUUAAAAUUGAACAAACACACUUUUGAUUCGAUUCUCUUCAUAACAUGUUCUUUUAUAUCUGAUCCGCGGCUCGAUUUCAAUUCAUAACGGGACAAGACCAAACAAUUGCAUGCACACAUUACCUAUGAAGAUCUUCAUGUGGGCUAGAUUUUAGUCAAUUUAUCAACUAUCUCCUACUUAAUGGUCUUUGAUCACCGGCCAAUUUAACCCUAGAGAAAAUUAAGUUAUUGCCUCAAU